GAGUCAGGCCAGGGCGGGAUGCCACUCAUUGAUUCGAAAGCAUCUUUAAUCUUCCAUACGGAGGGGCCUGGGCUGUUCUUUCUUGCAUCACCCCAGAAAGGACAGCUGACGCCUGAGAAGUGACAGGCAGGAUGCCCCCUGGGGUUGACUGCCCCAUGGAAUUCUGGACCAAGGAGGAGAACCAGAGCGUGGCGGUUGACUUCCUGCUGCCCACAGGGGUCUACCUCAACUUCCCCGUGUCCCGCAACGCCAACCUCAGCACCAUCAAGCAGUUGCUGUGGCACCGCGCGCAGUAUGAACCGCUCUUCCACAUGCUCAGUGGCCCCGAGGCCUACGUGUUCACCUGCGUCAACCAGACAGCCGAACAGCAGGAACUGGAAGACGAACAGCGGCGGCUGUGUGACGUGCAGCCCUUCCUGCCUGUCUUGCGCCUGGUGGCCCGUGAGGGUGACCGCGUGAAGAAGCUCAUCAACUCACAGAUCAGCCUCCUCAUCGGCAAAGGCCUCCAUGAGUUUGACUCCUUGCGCGACCCAGAAGUGAACGACUUCCGUGCCAAGAUGCGCCAGUUCUGCGAGGAGGCGGCCGUGCGCCGGCAGCAGCUGGGCUGGGAGGCCUGGCUGCAAUACAGCUUCCCCCUGCAACUGGAGCCCUCGGCACGGAGCUGGGGGGCCGGCGGCCUGAGGCUGCCCAGCCGUGCCCUGCUGGUCAACGUCAAGUUCGAGGGCAGUGAGGAGAGCUUCACCUUCCAGGUGUCCACCAAGGACAUGCCCCUGGCACUGAUGGCCUGUGCCCUCCGGAAGAAGGCCACAGUGUUCCGGCAGCCCCCGGUGGAGCAGCCGGAGGACUACACGCUGCAGGUGAACGGCAGGCACGAGUACCUCUACGGCAGCUACCCCCUCUGCCAGUUCCAGUACAUCCGCAGCUGCCUGCACAGCGGGCUGACCCCCCACCUGACCAUGGUCCACUCCUCUUCCAUCCUCGCCAUGCGGGACGAGCAGAGCAACCCCGCCCCCCAGGUCCAGAAGCCGCGCACCAAACCCCCCCCAAUUCCCGUGAAGAAGCCCUCCUCCGUGUCCCUGUGGUCCCUGGAGCAGCCGUUCUGCAUUGAGCUAAUCCAGGGCAGCAAAGUGAAUGCCGACGAGCGGAUGAAGCUGGUGGUGCAGGCCGGGCUCUUCCACGGCAACGAGAUGCUGUGCAAGACAGUGUCCAGCUCGGAGGUGAGCGUGUGCUCGGAGCCCGUGUGGAAGCAGCGGCUGGAGUUCGACAUCAGCGUCUGCGACCUGCCACGCAUGGCCCGGCUGUGCUUUGCACUCUACGCCAUGAUCGAGAAGGCCAAGAAGGCUCGCUCCACCAAGAAGAAGUCUAAGAAGGCGGACUGCCCCAUCGCCUGGGCCAACCUCAUGCUGUUUGACUACAAGGACCAGCUCAAGACAGGGGAGCACUGUCUCUACAUGUGGCCCUCUGUCCCAGACGAAAAGGGGGAGCUGCUGAACCCCACGGGCACGGUGCGCAGUAACCCCAACACGGAGAGCGCUGCUGCCCUGGUCAUCUGCCUGCCCGAGGUGGCCCCACACCCCGUGUACUACCCCGCCCUGGAGAAGAUCCUGGAGCUGGGGCGGCACAGCGGAUGCGGGCACGUCACAGAGGAGGAGCAGCUGCAGCUGCGGGAGAUUCUGGAACGGCGGGGCUCCGGUGAACUCUACGAGCACGAGAAGGACCUGGUGUGGAAGCUGCGCCAUGAAGUCCAGGAGCACUUCCCGGAGGCCCUGGCCCGCCUGCUGCUGGUCACCAAGUGGAACAAGCACGAGGAUGUGGCCCAGAUGCUGUACCUGCUAUGCUCCUGGCCCGAGCUGCCCGUCCUGGGCGCCCUGGAGCUGCUGGACUUCAGCUUCCCUGACUGCCACGUGGGCUCCUUCGCCAUCAAGUCCCUGCGGAAACUAAAGGAUGAUGAGCUCUUCCAGUAUCUGCUGCAGCUGGUGCAGGUGCUUAAGUACGAGUCCUACCUAGACUGCGAGCUGACCAAGUUCCUGCUGGACCGGGCCCUGGCCAACCGCAAGAUCGGCCACUUCCUCUUCUGGCACCUCCGCUCCGAGAUGCACGUGCCGUCGGUGGCCCUGCGCUUCGGCCUCAUCCUGGAGGCCUACUGCCGGGGCAGCACCCACCACAUGCGGGUGCUGAUGAAGCAGGGGGAAGCACUGAGCAAACUGAAGGCCUUGAACGACUUUGUCAAGGUGAGCUCCCAGAAGACCACCAAGCCCCAGACCAAGGAGCUGAUGCACUUGUGCAUGCGCCAGGAGGCCUACCUGGAGGCCCUGUCGCACCUGCAGUCCCCGCUCGACCCCAGCACGUUGCUGGCUGAAGUCUGCGUGGAGCAGUGCACCUUCAUGGACUCCAAGAUGAAGCCGCUGUGGAUCAUGUACAGCAACGAGGAGGCGGGCAGCGAUGGCAGCGUGGGCAUCAUCUUUAAGAACGGGGAUGACCUUCGCCAGGACAUGCUGACCCUGCAGAUGAUCCAGCUCAUGGACGUUCUGUGGAAGCAGGAAGGGCUGGACCUGAGGAUGACCCCCUACGGCUGCCUCCCCACUGGGGACCGCACGGGCCUCAUUGAGGUGGUACUUCACUCAGACACCAUCGCCAACAUCCAGCUGAACAAGAGCAACAUGGCAGCCACAGCCGCCUUCAACAAGGAUGCCCUACUCAACUGGCUCAAGUCCAAGAACCCCGGGGAGGCCCUGGAUCGUGCCAUCGAGGAGUUCACCCUCUCCUGUGCCGGCUACUGUGUGGCCACAUACGUGCUGGGUAUCGGGGAUCGACACAGCGACAACAUCAUGAUCCGCGAGAGCGGGCAGCUGUUCCACAUUGAUUUCGGCCACUUUCUGGGGAAUUUCAAGACCAAGUUUGGAAUCAACCGUGAGCGUGUCCCCUUCAUCCUCACCUACGACUUUGUGCAUGUGAUUCAGCAGGGGAAGACCAAUAACAGCGAGAAAUUUGAAAGAUUCCGCGGCUACUGUGAACGGGCCUACACCAUUCUGCGACGCCACGGGCUCCUCUUCCUCCACCUGUUUGCACUGAUGCGGGCGGCAGGUCUGCCUGAGCUCAGCUGCUCUAAAGACAUCCAGUAUCUCAAGGACUCUCUGGCACUGGGAAAAACAGAAGAGGAGGCACUGAAGCACUUCAGGGUGAAGUUCAACGAAGCCCUCCGGGAGAGCUGGAAAACCAAAGUGAACUGGCUGGCCCACAACGUGUCCAAAGAUAACAGGCAGUAGCAGCCUGCCCGGCCGGCCCGAGGCAGCAGAGCCGUCGCUCCUGGGACCGGGGACCUGGCACCGUGGGUUCUCCUCAAAAGGGCCCAAGAACCUGCACUGCGCCUCGUGGGAAGGAACCUUCAUUGCCUUUUGUUUACACUGGUUAUUUAUUUGUGACUUGAAGUGUUUGAGGAACUCGACAGCCAUAGACGGAAACGCAUCCUUCGCGGGGGUGGAGUGCCGGGCGCCUGGAGGCCGCGGGCUGCUCUGGCCAACUGUCACCCAGUCUUCCAGCUGGUGAUCUGGGCCCAGCAAAGACAUUUCUCCUCCUGGGGGGGGGACCUUCUUCCCAGACUCCCUGCCAGACUGCCCAGGCCUCGGCGCCUGGCAGUCACCUGGUGCCUACCAUCCAGACAGGACGCCUCUGUCCUCUGUUCUUGCCCUGCCAGCCCAUGUGACCCACCUGGCGCAUCCUCCCUAGACUGAGCAGCUCCCAGGGAGACCCGGGUACCCCUAGAUUCAGGGUCGCUUGCCCCUCACUUUAGGGCGACUCUCGGGUACAGGAAUCCCCUCACCUCUCUGCUGUAAAGUGAUUUUGUCUGCGGGCAAGAAAACAAUAGCCAAGCGACUCACAGAACCUCCUGGGAUUGGGGACCGGCCCAGUCCCUCCGCGUAGCACAUACCCUGGUCCUCAGGGUGUGUUCGAAGGAUCAGAGCUAGACUUAGCUCAACCUGGCCAGGAACCAAGGUGCAAGCGGGUCAGAGCAGAGUGCUCUGUGCAGGCAUCUUUAAGCCACCUCUGAAAGGUUUAAUUAAGGGAGAGGACCAGGUCUUUUCAGGGACUGUCACCUUAGGGACACUCCUGUGGGAGCACUCAGGUACCAGAAGUGUGGGCGCUGGGGGGAUGGCCGCCUCUUUUUCUCUGACAGUGCUUAGUUUGAAAUGGUGCAGACUUAGCCCUCUCAAAGGCGUGAAUCUGAGGAGCUUUAGAAAAGCAGGUUCCAGGGCCUCCCCCAGUCUCUGGAAGCUCGCUUGGGGCAUGGGGAUGUGGCUGGGACUCGCUUUCCGAAGCCCACAGGAGAGCCGAAUGUAGCAGCUGACUCAGGACCCACCAGGCGACACUGCUGACCUCUCAAAGCCUUCCAAGACUCAGCAGGGCCACACGCCGCUGUCUCUCGAGGGUCCAGGUGCCACCUCCACUCUGAUGAGCCAGGGGUCCAUCAGCGACCGGUGCCACCCAGGGCACCUGCCCAACCACACUCCUGUUCCCAACUCAGUGCUGAAAUUCACCAGACCACCUGGCCUGUGUGGAAAUGGAAGAGUCGUGUAUACCUGUCGGUGUUGUGUUAUUUAUUUAAACAAGCCGGUGCGCUCUGGCGUGGGCAGUGUAUUUGCACAGCCACAGCGAUUUCUGGCUUGGAUCUGUGUGCCUGGUGAGAAGAAUGUUUUCUAUUUUUUUAAAUUCUGUCAUGUUUCCAUGCGGGAAGGCAAGCUCAGUACCACCGAUGUAGGGCCGAGACCAGCACUCUGUGAAACCUUGAAACGAGAGGUGAACGCAGGAGAAAAGAAAUAAAAGCCUUUUUUAUGUUCUCAUGUUCUUGGUUCAAAAAGAAACCAGGGAAGGCAGGAUUAAAGCCGAACCAGAGAGAAAACACAGCCCUCGCCAGCUGAAGUUAGAACCAGAACUUUAUUGUAGUGUAGACACUUUCCGACCUAUCAUCAAUAUACACAUCCGAAGGGGACACCGCGGGCGAUGGCGUGAGAAGGUCCCUCUGCGACAGCGUCUAUCCGUUGUCUAUGCAGAGCAGCUACAGGGACGGGACGAGGAUGGCCACACACAACACAGCACAGCCUUCAGUGUCCUUGAAACUAGCAGUCAGGGUCACAGAACAGUAUUCAAAAUGAUUUCCCCCAUUUUAGAAAUCUAAACUUUACAAGUAAACGAAAAGCAAA